AUCUGACAUUUUGAACUGAGAAUAUUCAAGUUUACUGAUUCUGUUUUAACUGACAAUAAAUUGAAUCUUACAAAUAAUUAAAAAUUAAGAAAUUUUCCAACAUAUGGUGACCAAUAAUUGCAAUAAUUAAAGUACUUUAUGUACAAACUUCUAUCGUGUUCAGAUCACAGUUUUUUAAUAGGUAGUUUUAAGUUUCCAUGGCGAACUUGGAGAGUGAAAUUAAAGAUUUGAAGGAGAAAAACAAUGACUUGGUCCAGAAGGUGCAGUACUGGAAGAUGACGGCAGCUCAGAGGGAGAACGAGAAGCUCUCACUAAUGAAAGAAAUUAAUGAACUACGACUGAAGUUGAGUAAAUUAAGGAGCACCGGUGGCUUACAAGCGCAGAACUUGGAUACAGCUAUCCAGGCUGCCAGUGAAAAGGCAUUGGCACACCUCGUUCGGGCAUCUGGAGAGAUUGCGCACACAAUAGACCUAGCUAAAGCCUACAUGCGAGAUAGACAAGAGCUGGAAGCAUCAUCACCACGUUGGAGUGCAAUCAGUGGUACUCCGAGUACAGACAAAGCUGAGAGGAUCCACCGCGUACCACCAACAAUAAUGGGUGGUCAAUCAAUUCAGCCGGUUGUUGCUUUGAGCCGAACUUUACUCAAUACAAGUAAUCCAAGAUUGACAUCAAGGAGUCCCAAUCAGAACCGGAACGUUUCAGAAAGAGCGGUACCCAUGCACAUGUUGCAAGAUGUAUACAUACCUUUAACAAGAAUAGACGCAGAUCGAGUCCUGAACAAUAUGGAGACAGAGUCAAGACCGCACAGUGCCGAUAACAGCGCUGAGGAUUUAGAAGAUAGUACGGAGAGAGUUCUGGAUGAAUCUCAGAAUAUGUCAGAAGAUGAAGACUUUAAUGCGACGCGCAGGCUGGACGCCGUGACCGAAGACUUAGAGCCAGAAGAGGAAAUGGAAUCGCCAACACAUAGAGGCAGACCUGACCCGUUGGAGGGUCCCAGUUGGCUGUUGGACGGGCCGAUCGACAAAAAGAGGAGAACCACGAGGCUGCCGAAUCUGGAGCCGGACUCCACAACGGGGGCUGAGGGCAGCGCCCCCCCUCCAGAGCAACUCCGCGGCGAGAAAGAAGAAACGGUCGGGCGAUUGUCGUGUGUGUUCUCGCCAACAGUGCGGCGCAGGAAGCAGGCCGCCCCCCCGCGCGCCCCCACCCCUCCCCACGCCCGCACUCCCCCGCGCGCCCUCUCCCCGCGCGCCCUCUCCCCGCCGCACGCACCCACACAGCAGCUGCGGUACUCGCCCAAACCCUUGUCGGCGAGGAAGAACAGUAGUAGCGGGCGCGUACUCAAGUUGUUAGUCGCCAAGAUGCGACUGUCGGGCGACGGGAGCCGCGCGCCCGCCGCACCCAGCCCCAGCGGCGCCACACACGCGGCCCUCGUUUGCCCAUUGAACGAGUCGGGGUCGCAACACAGCAGGAGGGGGGAGGAGGAGGGGGCGGGGGACAUGUCCGAGACGUCGCUGACUUCAGGGCCGCACACGCGACGCAGCGACGACAGCGACAGCGACAGUGUCGUCGGGAGUCGCUCCCGCCGGAACAGGAAGGUGGUCACUUAUAAGGAGAAGCCACUUAACAGGAAACUGAGGAGAUGAUUAUAAAACUUAACACGUUUUAUUGAUCCUUGGUAUUUUCAAUAUUAGAUCCUGUACCUGCCGUGACGAGGCUGAAGAUGUACUUAAUAACGCAGUCAGGUCCGUGCGGCGCACGCACAUACGGACAGACACUCUCGCAAAUAUAUAUAUUUAUGAUUUAUAUCACAUCUGCUGCCAAUACUGAAUCAUUGAUCGCUAAUAAUAAUAAACUAUUGGUUCGAUGAUUUUUCAAUAACAUUACAUUAUUCAAUAACAUUAUGUAUAUAAACUUUAUUCAUAAAUAGCGAAAUCAAUAGGCUUGUGUCGGCGCAGGGCAUUCUAAGGUAUUGCACGCAAAUACUUGACUUCAAUUUUUUUAAUUUCAAAAUUUAUGUUAACAACAUAACACAGGGGAAACCCUUGGCCAUAAACUAUUGCGCUGCGACUACGAUAAUUUUUUAAAGAUUUAAAUAAUUGAUCAAAAAAAUAUAUAAUCGAAAUUAACGUUAUUACAUCAGUGUGUUUAGUGCCUGCGUUUGCCGCUAGGGGCGCUGUUUCAACUCCAUACAAAUUUAAGUUAACUUUUACGGUAUCGAGAGCGUUUAAAAACACGCACUGAGCAGAUUGGUGUUUAGAAUCUUAAGAUCGAACUUUGGCAUCAUUUUUAUUGGUUGUUACAUGACUUCAUCGCCACUGUGAGCUCUACAACACUAUCUUGUAGAGGAUCUGUCGACGAUGGCUUUGUACCCACCUAAUUACUAGAAGCCUCACCGGUUAGGUAGGCGAACUCAUUGGGUUCAUCCUGGGAGACUGCUAACAUCUGCCCUAGCAAGAGCAGUGCUUCGCUGAAUCCACGGGCGGACCGGAGUCGUGACCCACUGAGAAGAUCCUGCGAAAAACCCAGUGGGUGCGUCCGCAGGCUGACUGGCACGUCGAACCCGGUAACGUGGAGGGUAGGCAGUUAGAAUAAUUCUAUGAUAAUGAAAAAUAAACCUAAUAAAUAUGUAUUUAUAGUAACAAAUUGUACGUUUAAAGUUGUGGAAAAUAAAAUAUUUAUUGUUAGAUUAUAUUGAGAAAGAGAAGUAAAUGACAGUGCCUACAGACCCUUACACGGAGCGCGAUGCUUCCCAGAGAGAAUACAAUUACAUACAAUCUGAAAUAAGAUUAGUUAGAAAAUGCUCUUUGAAAGUAAAAAAAAACCUCAACAUUACUUAUUUAAUUUAUAGUACUAAUUUUUUUACUGAUGAGAUUGUUAGUGUCUGUUUGUUGAGAUAGAGUGGCUUGUGAGGAAAUGGUAAAUUAGUGUGAGCACGAGUGUUAGUGUGAUAUUCACAUUGUCAAUGACAUGAGCGAUGAGCCGUGUUUGUAUGCCUCACUCUGUUGACAUAACAAGAAUAAGGCAAUAUAUUUUUUAGUUUGUGUCUUUAAAUCAUUUCUCUUUUAAGAGUAUUAUGAAGACUUAGUUCGAGUCCUGGAUCCACCUGUAAUUGUAACUCUUUAGUAUUAUGUUUCGUUGAUUAUAUUUUGUAAAGGACUGAUGUAUUUAAGGUACCGCUUUAUACAUUAUUGUGAUAUGUUAUUAACAUUUAAUAAAAUAUAUUACAAUUUAAAGCAGUUUUA